AUGGCUUUGGAGGUGGAAUCUGCAGAUGUGAUUCGUCUGAUAAUGCAAUAUCUGAAAGAGAACAACCUCUAUCGGACGCUGACCACUCUGCAGGAGGAAACCACUGUCUCACUCAACACCGUGGAAAGCAUCGACAGCUUCAUUGCAGACAUCAACAAAGGACACUGGGACUCAGUACUGUUAGCCAUUGAGUCCCUCAAACUGCCUGAUAACAUACUUAUUGACCUUUAUGAGCAGGUGGUUCUUGAACUCAUUGAAAUGAGAGAGGAGGGAGCAGCCCGCUCGCUAAUGAGGCAAACUGACCCCAUGAUCAUGAUGAAGCAGACCCAGUCAGAGAGGUACACACACCUGCAGAGCUUGCUAACUCGCUCCUACUUCGACCCACGCGAGGCGUACCCAAAGGGCAGCAGCAAGGUGAAGCGCCGCAGGGCAAUAGCCCAGGCGUUGGUGAAGGAGGUCAGUGUGGUGCCCCCGUCCCGUCUUAUGGGUCUACUGGAACAAUCUCUGAGGAUACAGCACCACCAGGGUCACCUGACCCAAGAGAUGAAAAUCCAGAUGUCCGAGACAAAAGCUUCAGAGAGAAAUCCAAGCAAAGAAAGCUUUCCAACUCAACUUUACCAUCACAUCAAGUUUGGGCAAAGGUCCCACGUGGAAUGUGCCCGGUUCUCCCCCGAUGGCAAGUACUUAAUAACUGGAUCAGUGGAUGGGUUCAUUGAGGCCUGGAACUUCAACACUGGAAAAAUUAGCAAGGAUUUAUCGUACCAGGUACAAGAUAGCUACAUGAUGAUGGACGAUGCCGUGCUCUGCAUGUGCUUCAGUGAGGAUGCAGAACUACUGGCCACUGGGGCUCAGAAUGGCAAAAUAAAGGUGUGGAAGAUCCAGAGUGGCUUAUGUCUGCGCAGGUUUGAGCGGGCUCACAGUAAAGGCGUCUCAUGUCUGAGUUUCUCCAAAGACUGUAGUCAGAUUCUCAGUGCUUCCUUUGAUCAGACUAUCAGAAUCCAUGAACUGAGAUCAGGGAAGACACUAAAGGAUUUAAAAGGCCAUUCGUCUUUUGUGAACGAUGCGUCAUUCAUUCAAGAUGACAGUCACAUCAUCAGCGCCUCUUCUGAUGGGACCGUUAAGAUUUGGAGUGUAAAGACUUCAGAGUGCAUACACACUUUCAAAUCUCCAUCAAGCCCCUCCAACAUCCCGGUCAACAAUGUGAUCCCUCUCCCCCAAAAUCCAGAAAACUUUGUGAUGUGUAACCACUCUAACAUAGUGGUCAUCAUGAACAUGAAGGGUCAGAUUGUGAAGACCUUCAGCUCAGGAAAAAAGGGAGGGGGGGACUUUGUUUGUUGUACCCUCUCGCCUCGUGGCGAGUGGAUCUACUGUGUUGGAGAAGACUUGGUGCUCUACUGCUUUGAAUCUGCGACAGGGAAACUGGAGAGAACGCUAACAGUCCACGAGAAAGAUGUUAUUGGUAUCGACCACCACCCCUAUGAGAACCUGAUUGCCACAUACAGCGAAGAUGGCCUCCUCAGGCUAUGGAAACCCUAA